UUGAAAUGUUGCUGCCACUACUUUGGUUGGCCGCCUGUUUGAAUUUUGCGGUCGGAUACGUGCAGGAGAUAACAUUCUACACGGAACCUGACCAGGAAGGGAAUGCGUUUCGAUUCCGAACAAAAGAGCCAGACCUCUCGCCACAUUACUCGGUCCUGUUGGGAGAAGUGAAAUCAUUUUGCUAUAUUGGAUAUUGGCGAGGAUAUGAUAUGAGAAAUUACACUGCUGUAUGGACGUUAUCUCCACCUAUCACAUUUGUCCCCCGGUGCCUUAACUACACACUUUCAACCACAUUAUCUUUGAGGCAUAUGGGACCCCUGGAAACAACAACACCGUCCGUUUCAAUAUAUAGUGGACCUACUUCAUACGGGAUCGAGCGUACUUUUACUGCCUUGGCAGGCACAAAUUUUGGAUUUAUUCCUACCGGUUUGGUUCUCACAGGUAGAUCGAGCUGGACAGGCUUUGUGAAUGACGAUUUUACUGGAAACUCGACCUGUUUCUCAACCGCAGAACUUAUAGGAUACACAAGUUUAACAGGAAUAGAAAUAAGGUCUCUAAUCCAAGGAUGUAACGCACGAUACAAUAGCGAAUACUAUGAUAUGGAUAAGUUUUCUGGACAAAAUAUGUCGAACGAAUGAAAAUUAUUUGUUUAUAGCUAAUAAUGUUUAAGACAUAUGUAUGCAUUCAAUGAAAAUGAUGAGUAAAUAAAA